CGAGAGGCGCUGCUGGCGGUGCUGCUGCUGGCGCUGGUGCUGGCGAUGGUGGUGGUGAGGACGAGGGCGGGCUGUUCGGCUGGUGCGAGGAGGUGGCGCGUGUCCUGCUGGUGCAGAUGGCUCGUGAGGGUGUGCACCACCUAGCCCAGAUGGAGCAGGUGCUGCAGGCGCGCGCGCAGCUGCUGGCCGCACGGCCACCACCGCACCCGCACCCGCACCCGCACCCGCACCCGUCUCAGGUGGACCCUCCAGCGGGCACCCCGGGGGGCACUCCCGCCACUGCUGCUCCGCUGCAGCCAUCAACACUGACACACCCUGACGUCCCUACCUCCACCUCCGCCUCCGCCACCUUCACCGCCGUCGCUCCCCCUGCGCUGGGGCUGCUGUCUCAGCGAGUGGCCGACGUGCUGGCGGCCUGGCGCGGCCUGCCCCCCGCUGCCCGGCUGUGGGGGGCGCUCGCGCACAACCUGGCGCACUGGGAGGCGGUCAGGAGGCCCCUGGCGCUGACGGCGGGGGUGCUGGGGGCGCCGGCAGCAGCAGCAGCAGCAGAGGAGCAGGCGGGUGCAGCGGUGGGUAAGGGCAGCGCUGGCGGCGGCGGCAGUCGUACGGCGGAUGUGGUGGCG